CUGGGAAGGAAGAGGGGUCUGGAGAGGCCAGUGGGAAUAAAGGGCUAAAGCUAUUGGCAUUGGCAGCUGUCUCCAGGCGUCGUCCGUGGAGCCUGACCCUGCGCCAGGACGGCGGAGGCUGUGCCCAUGUAACUGUCCUGAAGUACUGCGGUGGCCCCCUCCCCCGUGGCUGGGAGGGCAGGCAGGACGAGGUUGGCUUUCCUCGCACGGUCUCUGGGCGUGGGCCCUCGCCGCAGCUCCGCGGAACCUCGGUGUCUCCUGCAACAGGGGGCGGGGGGGAACCGCGGCGAGCAGCCCUGGGCUGCGGCUUCCUCCCCACGCCCGAGUCUCCUGCGCACCGCCGCCGAGGACGUGCGCCCGAGCCUAGUCCCCACGCCGCGGCGCGCCCGGGCUCCCUGCUGAUCCCAGAACAAUCAACCAUGACGACCGAAUCUGGAUCAGACUCGGAAUCCAAGCCAGACCAGGAGGCCGAGCCCCAGGAGGAGGCGGGAGCGCAGGGGCGCGUGGGGGCGCCCGUGCCGGAGCCGCCCAACGAGGAGCAGCAGCAGGCCCUGGAGCAGUUCGCCGCCGCUGCAGCGCACAGCACCCCGGUGCGGAGGGAGGUCACUGACAAGGAACAGGAGUUUGCUGCCAGGGCUGCAAAACAGCUUGAAUAUCAGCAAUUAGAAGACGAUAAACUUUCUCAGAAAUCAUCUAGCAGUAAACUCUCUCGGUCUCCAUUAAAGAUUGUCAAGAAGCCUAAAAGCAUGCAGUGCAAAGUGAUACUUCUAGAUGGAUCAGAAUAUACCUGUGAUGUAGAGAAACGCUCCAGAGGACAAGUGCUGUUUGAUAAAGUGUGUGAACACUUGAACUUGCUAGAGAAAGACUACUUUGGGCUUACAUAUCGAGAUGCUGAAAACCAGAAGAAUUGGUUGGACCCUGCUAAGGAAAUAAAAAAACAGGUUCGAAGUGGUGCUUGGCACUUUUCAUUUAAUGUGAAAUUUUAUCCACCAGACCCUGCCCAGCUAUCUGAAGAUAUCACCAGGUACUACCUCUGCUUGCAGUUGCGAGAUGACAUCGUGUCCGGAAGGCUGCCCUGCUCCUUCGUUACCCUGGCCUUGCUGGGCUCCUACACUGUCCAGUCAGAGCUCGGAGACUAUGACCCAGACGAAUGUGGGAGCGAUUACAUUAGUGAGUUCCGCUUUGCACCAAACCACACUAAAGAACUGGAAGACAAAGUGAUCGAGCUGCACAAGAGCCACAGAGGAAUGACGCCAGCAGAAGCAGAGAUGCAUUUCUUGGAAAAUGCCAAAAAAUUAUCCAUGUAUGGGGUAGAUUUACAUCAUGCUAAGGACUCAGAAGGGGUAGAAAUUAUGUUAGGAGUUUGUGCAAGUGGUCUGUUGAUAUAUCGCGACCGGCUGCGAAUAAACAGAUUUGCCUGGCCCAAGGUUCUAAAGAUUUCAUACAAACGGAACAACUUUUACAUUAAGAUCCGGCCGGGAGAGUUUGAACAAUUUGAAAGCACCAUUGGGUUUAAGCUGCCAAACCAUCGAGCUGCCAAGCGUUUAUGGAAAGUAUGUGUUGAGCAUCAUACAUUUUUCAGACUGCUGUUACCAGAAGCACCUCCCAAGAAAUUCUUAACCUUGGGUUCCAAGUUUCGUUAUAGUGGCAGGACACAAGCGCAAACGAGAAGAGCCAGUGCGUUGAUAGAUCGCCCAGCACCUUACUUUGAACGCUCAUCCAGCAAACGUUAUACCAUGUCUCGCAGCUUGGAUGGAGCAUCAGUGAAUGAAAACCAUGAGAUAUACAUGAAGGAUUCUAUGUCUGCUGCAGAGGUUGGUACUGGCCAGUACGCCACAACAAAAGGCAUCUCUCAGACCAACUUGAUCACCACUGUGACUCCGGAGAAGAAGGCUGAGGAGGAGCGGGACGAGGAAGAGGACAAACGGAGGAAGGGGGAAGAAGUCACGCCCGUCUCGGCCAUCCGGCACGAGGGAAAGUCACCUGGGCUUGGCACUGACUCAUGUCCCUUGUCACCCCCAUCCGCCCAUUGUGCCCCCACAUCUCCCACAGAGCUCCGUAGGAGGUGUAAGGAGAAUGACUGCAAACUGCCAGGUUAUGAGCCGUCCAGAGCUGAGCACAUGCCUGGAGAGCCCACCUUGGACUCUGAUGGCCCAGGGAGGCCUUACCUAGGGGAUCAAGAUGUGGCUUUUAGCUACAGACAGCAAACGGGCAAGGGGACCACCCUGUUCUCCUUCUCCUUGCAGCUCCCCAAGUCAUUCCCCUCCCUCCUAGAUGAUGAUGGAUACCUCUCUUUCCCCAACCUUUCUGAAACCAACCUCCUGCCCCAGAGCUUGCAGCAUUACCUCCCGAUCCGCUCACCGUCCCUCGUGCCCUGUUUCCUCUUCAUCUUUUUCUUUCUGCUGUCUGCCUCCUUCUCAGUGCCAUACGCUCUCACUCUCUCCUUCCCUCUGGCUCUGUGCCUCUGCUACCUGGAGCCCAAGGCGGCCUCCUUGAGCGCCUCCCUAGACAAUGACCCGAGUGACAGUUCAGAGGAAGAGACUGACAGUGAGCGCACGGACACCGCAGCCGACGGGGAGACCACCGCCACUGAGUCGGACCAGGAGGAAGAUGCAGAGCUCAAGGCACAGGAGCUAGAAAAAACUCAAGAUGACCUGAUGAAACAUCAAACCAACAUUAGCGAGCUGAAAAGAACCUUCUUAGAAACCUCAACAGACACUGCCAUAACGAAUGAAUGGGAGAAGAGGCUUUCCACCUCCCCCGUACGACUGGCCGCCAGGCAGGAGGAUGCCCCCAUGAUCGAACCACUUGUCCCUGAAGAGACCAAAGAAGAAACAGAGAUUUCUGAAAAAGUUAUAUUUUUGCAGCAAGGAAGCGCUCCAUUCCUUGAGUCUCAGCCAAGUGUGAUAAAGAAAAUGCAGGAAGGAGACUCUGCUGACUCUGUGGUUACUUCUCAUCAAAUAAUUUUCCAGAAAACUGUCCCAUCAACCCUAGAGGGCACAGAGGAUUGGGUUAUUGUAGACAAAAUACCAACUGAGGUAGUUGGUGGUGAUUCGAAAAAGAUUGUGACUUACAAGGUGGUGACCGUGAGCAGUAGUACUGGUGACCUCCCAGCUGACAUGUUAAAAUCUGGCACUAUUAAAAUGCAAAGCUUCGAAGACUUGGCUCGAGAAAUGCAACUGAAAGAAGACAGCAAACAGAAGAUAUACACUCUAGGAAAAUCCUAUGACACUGUCUCCGGGAGAAUUGUUACCAUGACUGGGAAAGCUAAAGAGGGCGAGAAAGUGGAGCAGCCCUCCACUACGGAAGCACUUCAGAAAACGGAGAAAGAAAUGCCAGAAUCCGUGAAGAUCAUUCCCGGCCUGGCAGAGUAUGAGGUCCUGGAAACUCUCGCUGAUGAGAAAUCCAAGAGAGGACCCGAGGUCCAGACGACAAAGCGGAAAUUGUCCGAAUCCCUGGCCCCCAUCAAGGAGGCCGAGUCUCGCCGGCAGAGUCCUGAAGAAGAUGACCUCAAGAAGGCUCCACAGCUGGAGAAGGAUGUGGCCGUCCUCCCUGGCCUGGAAGGCAGACGCUUCAGCAAAACAGAGCAAGUGCCCGAGAGUGAGGUCUUAAAAGUGGGCCUCUUUGGUCCCCGAAGGAAGAGCCUGUCUGAAUGGAGAUAUUCCCAGGAACCAGCCUUUACCGUUGCUACUGCCCAUUACGUUACUGAGUCGUCCACCUCCCGAGUAGUGACUAAGCAGUCUUCUGGGGAAAAGCUCAUGGAUGGCUCUGAAAUCUUCAGUUUAUUAGAGUCUGCGCGAAAACCAACAGAAUUCAUAGGAGGGGUUACUUCUACUUCUCAAAGCUGGGUUCAGAAAAUGGAAACCAAGACGGAGUCCAGUGGAAUAGAGACGGAACCCACCGUGCACCACCUGCCGCUUAGCACUGAGAAGGUGGUGCAGGAGACCGUGUUGGUGGAGGAGCGGCGUGUGGUGCACGCGAGUGGGGAUGCUUCUUACUCGGCGGGAGACAGCGGGGAUGCUGCAGCACAGCCCGCAUUCACAGGCAUUAAAGGGAAAGAGGGCUCUGCCUUGACGGAGGGGGCUAAAGAGGAAGGAGGGGAGGAGGUCGCUAAAGCUGUCCUGGAACAGGAAGAGACAGCCGUUGUUUCCCGUGAGCGACAAGAAGAGCAGAGUGCAGCCAUCCACAUUUCAGAAACUUUGGAACAAAAACCUCAUUUUGAGUCCUCAAUGGUAAAGACGGAAACCAUCAGUUUUGGCAGUGUUUCACCAGGAGGAGUAAAGCUAGAAAUUUCUACCAAGGAAGUGCCAGUAGUUCACACCGAAACCAAAACCAUCACAUAUGAAUCAUCACAGGUCGAUCCAGGCACAGAUCUGGAGCCGGGCGUGCUGAUGAGUGCACAGACGAUCACAUCUGAAACCACCAGUACCACCACCACUACGCACAUCACCAAAACUGUGAAAGGGGGCAUUUCGGAGACAAGAAUCGAGAAGCGAAUAGUCAUCACAGGGGAUGCAGACAUUGACCAUGACCAGGCGCUGGCUCAGGCAAUUAAAGAGGCCAAAGAGCAGCACCCUGACAUGUCAGUGACCAAAGUAGUGGUCCAUAAAGAGACAGAGAUCACACCAGAAGAUGGAGAGGAUUGACCAGAGGAAUAACUUAGCUUGCACUUGAAUGCAGUCAUGCAAACCGUUAGGAAAACCAGAGCCUAUAUGGAGUUCCCUCUUCUAACCCAACUGACUUGUAUCUGUCCGUGGAAAAUUUCAGUCCAGAAGAAUUGACCUUGACCAUUAAUAAAGACACUGGCAGAGAGAUCUUCCCAUAAUAAAGCAAUCUGAUUCAGCAUCACUAAACCGAUAAUGCAUGAAGCAACGAUAAAAUUACAAAAGAGCAGCAUUUUUAAUUUUCACAAAAUGUCUCCGUUUUCAGCUAUACCUGCACGUUCAUAACCAACAAUAUAAACCGUGGUCUCAUGUAACACAUAAACAAUUCAUGCCUUUCAUAGUUUAUUAUUAUUAAAGUCUAAACAAAAUUGCAAUUUCUUAGGUAACCUUUUAUUUACAAUAAAUGAAGAUUACCCUCAAAUGCUAGAAGCUGUCUAGGUCCGUCCGGUGUGUCAGAUUUUCCCCAGAUUAGAUGUGCCAAUAACCGAGUUUAUUCAGUAAACAACUUGUACUUGUUUCAUCUGGUUUUAUUACUCUCACCCAUAAACAGUAAUGACUCUCUGACCCUCUGGAAAUAUUUAAUGCUUCCAAUCUUGCUUUGUCUAUCUCAUUUAAUUUGUUAUAAGGUAGUACUGAUUUUAGCAUAUUAAUGCGAUUUCUUCCUUGUUGUUUGCUUUGGUCUGUGUUCAAUCCGGAGAGCUUAAAUUGUCAUUAUUUUGGGAAGAAAACCUGUAUUUUUGUUAGUUUACAAUAUUAUGAAAUUUCACUUCAGGAGAAACUGCUGGGCUUCCUGUGGCUUUGUUUUCUUAGUUUCUUUUUCCGUGUAUUUUUUAAUUGAUUUUUCUUCUUUUACUUGAAAAGAAAGUGUUUUAUUUUCAAAUCUGGUCCAUAUUUACAUUCUAGUUCAGAGCCAAGCCUUAAACUGUACAGAAUUUCCACUGUAAUUAAAACUAUUUAGUGUUAGUUAUAAAUAGCUUUCAAAAAGAGAGAUUCUUCAUUACACGGUCACCUGCAUCACAGCCCAUGGUGAAUGUAUGUUUCUGCAUAGCGAAAUAAAAAUGGCAAAUGCACUGAAA